UAAAACAGGUCAUUAACAGUCAGUUGAGCAGGAACAGAGAGAGACAGUCAGAAACUGGGAGUUUGAUAGUGAAGUAUGUGACAGUCAUGUUUCCACAACAGUAUCAACAACAGGCUUGUCUAGUUUAGAUUUAAGAUGCUUUUUUAGCUUAAUGAUUAAAUAGGAACGUCUGCUGGAACAACAGUGCUGUUUACUCGACAUACUGGUCUGAUCAUGCGGCACAUUUUACUUUUAGGAUUGCUGUGUGUGGUUCCUAUAUGGGGACAAACAACUGAUACUUCUACACCAUCACCUCCGGAAUCGAACCCCCCUGAUGUUAAGAGUGUUGCAGUAAUCGAUCGAACAGAGUCCGAGAUAACUUUACAAUGGGAAAGAGACAACAGCAAUUACACUUAUUUGCUGAAAUACAGCAAUGUACCAGAGAUUUCAAUCAAUGGAUCUCUUAUGGAUUCUAUUGUGACAUAUAAAGUGUCGGAUCUGACUGCUGGGACUCGAUACUUAUUUACUCUCUACACUGUUUUAAGUGGAUUGAGGAGCAAUGGAUAUAAUUUCUCCAAUGUAACUGCUCCAUCUGAUGUUAACAGUGUAGAAGUAAUUGCUCGAACAGAGUUUGAUUUAACUUUACAAUGGAAUCAAGUCAACACCAAUUACACUUAUGUGCUGAAAUUCAGCAAUGGAACAGACACUGUAUCAAACAUCACUAGAUCUGAAACUGAUUCUGUAAAGACAUGUACAGUCUCGAAUCUGUCUGCUGGGACUCAGUACUCCUUUACUCUCUACACUGAGUUUGAAGGAGUGAGCAGCAAAGGAUAUAACUUCUCCAAUUUUACCGCUCCAUCUGAUGUUAACAGUGUAGAAGUAAUUGCUCGAACAGAGUUUGAUUUAACUUUACAAUGGAAUCAAGUCAACACCAAUUACACUUAUGUGCUGAAAUUCAGCAAUGGAACAGACACUGUAUCAAACAUCACUAGAUCUGAAACUGAUUCUAUAAAGACAUGUACAGUCUCGAAUCUGUCUGCUGGGACUCAGUACUCCUUUACUCUCUACACUGAGUUUGAAGGAGUGAGCAGCAAAGGAUAUAACUUCUCCAAUUUUACCGCUCCAUCUGAUGUUAACAGUGUAGAAGUAAUUGCUCGAACAGAGUUUGAUUUAACUUUACAAUGGAAUCAAGUCAACACCAAUUACACUUAUGUGCUGAAAUUCAGCAAUGGAACAGACACUGUAUCAAACAUCACUAGAUCUGAAACUGAUUCUGUAAAGACAUGUACAGUCUCGAAUCUGUCUGCUGGGACUCAGUACUCCUUUACUCUCUACACUGAGUUUGAAGGAGUGAGCAGCAGAGGAUAUAACUUCUCCAAAGUUACCAAGCCAUCUACUGUCGACAGUGUGUCUGUGAUAAACCGCAAUGACACCGACAUGAUCUUACAAUGGAACAUGGUGACAAACAGGGACAACAACACAUACACUUAUUUGCUGGAAUACAGAAAAGAAUCAUGGCAGGAAAGCAUAACUAUCUCUUCAGAUGAUAAUUCUGCAAUCAUAUCAAAUUUAAUUCCUGCAACAAAUUACAACUUCACUCUGUACACACUGUUUAAGAAUGUGACAAGUAAUGGAUACAACUUCACUAACUCCACAACUCUAUCUGAUGUAACUGAAGUGAACGUGACACAACGAUCACAGAAUCAGUUGACUAUUAAAUGGAAUAAACUGAUAUAUAACUACACCUAUAACUACACCCUGUAUCAAAGUGAUGGAAAUCUGGUACAUUUCACUGAUUCACAGGGUGUGUUUACACAUGAAAUCUCAUCUCUCACCCCAGGAACUGAAUACAAUUUUACACUCUUCACUGUGGUCAAUAACUUUACAAGUUCAGGAUACUUCUUUAAGAAUGUCACCACUAUUGACUGUGCGUCCAUUAACUGGAAGGUCACCAACUCAUCAAUAACUGCUGAAGUGGAAGGCUGCACAAAUGUAACAGCGAAAAACAUCACAGACAGUGAACAGAUUGGCAGUGUAAAUAAGAACAUUGUGAACAUUGACCAUCUUUAUCCUGGAGCGGUGUACACUAUUUUACUGUGGUAUGACUUGGGCCCAGAGAAACUUCUUCAGUGUACACAUAAUCAGACAUUAGUUCCAAAUUGCGUAUCUCAACUUCGCUGUCAAUAUUUAUAUGGAGGUUAUGGUCUGUCUGUACAUUGGGAUCCUCCAGUUGGAAUCGUGCAAGUCGUGCAGGUGGACGUUGAUGGAAAAAUUUUCAACCAAUCAAGAUAUAGUCAGGAUGUUAAGGGUUUGCAAGCUGCCCAGUGGUACAAAGUGGCAGCUACAUCAAUCUCUGGAGACUUGAGUAGUGACAGAGUAACAGUCAACUGUCAAACUGACCCAAAAGGAGUUAUUGCAGGAGUGCUGGUGUUUUUCCUGUUGCUCAUCAUUAUUUGUGUUGGGGUCUUUAUAUGGUUCCGCAUAUCAAAGCAGACUUCAAAGCAGACAUCAAAAAGAUCCAACCUUCCCAUGGAGUCAAAAAUAGUACCUAACAACAAGUACACACCAAUUCACCUGGAGAAAUUUCCUGAACAUUUUCAAAAGAUGAGUCGUGAUGAGAAUAGAGGUUUCAGUGAGGAAUAUGAGGACUUGAGUUCAGUCGGUACUGAGCAGUCUCGGAGUGCAGCUCUCCUGCCUGAAAACAAGAAGAAAAACCGAUUUUCCAAUGUUUUAGCCUAUGACUGCUCUAGAGUGCAUCUCACUAUAAAUGAUGAGGGCGAUUCUGAUUAUAUCAAUGCCAACUACAUGCCUGGUUUUGGCAGUGCCAAAAGAGAGUACAUCGCUGCUCAAGGUCCCCUCCCCAAUACUGUCAAUGACUUCUGGAGAAUGAUCUGGGAGAAAAGAUCAGGGGUUAUCAUCAUGGUAACCAACUGCAUUGAGAGUGGAAGGACCAAGUGUGAGCAGUACUGGCCCCUGGACUACACACCAUGUAUCUAUGGUAACCUGCUUGUCACAAUCAUAUCUGAAAACAAAGCUCAAAGUUGGACUCUGCGAGAAUUUACUGUCAAAAAUAAAGAGACCUCUGAGAUCCGAACAGUAAGACACUUUCACUUCACGGCGUGGCCGGAUCACGGCGUUCCGGAAAGCACAGAGGAGCUGAUCCGAUUCAGAGGACUCGUCCGUCAACACAUUGAGAGCUCUUCCUCUGCAGGACCAACUGUUGUACACUGCAGUGCUGGAGUGGGUCGCACUGGAACACUGAUAGCGCUGGAUGUCCUACUACAGCAGCUGCAGACAGAGAAGGCCGUGGGCAUCGCUGCAUUCAUCCAUAGCAUGAGACUCAACAGACCACUCAUGGUGCAAACUGAGUCUCAGUAUGUGUUCCUGCACCAGUGCAUCAUGGACACCCUGCAGCCCAAGACAGAGGCUCUCUACGAAAACUCAGACAUGAUCUAUGUCAACGCAAUGGCUAUGAAAGAAUAUGAAUCAGGCAAUCGAAACUACAAUGAAAAAACUUGCUAGAAUAUCACAAUGAAAUGUCAUAUUAUUUAUGUAUGGUUAUCAAAAACAUGUUCAUAAUAUAAAAGAUUAUAUUUUUGUCAGUAUAAUGAAGUCACAUUCAAUACUAAUUAUAGUAAACCUUUAAAGACCCCAUGAAAUGGCAAAAGCACAGUUUUCUGUCCUGUGCUGAGGUCUUUCCCAUCUAAUCAGGAAGUGAGGCGGGACAUAUUAGGAAGCCAUUUGUUAAUAGUAAAACUUGAUUUGCUACUCAGUUCCAGACGGUAUCAUGGGGUCAGCAAUUGGCUGGUUAGCAUGUUCCUGCUAGGUACCCUGCUGGUUGUUGCUGGAAUUAUAUCUAUAAUGGCAAAACACAUGUUGUCCAUUGACAGCCAACCAAGAAAGGUCAUGUUCUCUGAUUAAAUAUUUUUUUCCCCAAGAAACAGUCAAUGAAUGUUAUUUCAUUACAUUAUAGUACAUCUUUUACCAGUUUUGUUUUUGAAGGGCUCUUAAAAGUAUGAAAUGGACACUGACAUGAAUGGGAAUGCUAAUGGAUAGCUUUCGCCACAUAUUUUAGAAGCUCCUUGAAUGGAAGGGACAAUCCCAUUCUAGACAGCAUUUGAUAGGACAAAAUAUUUGUAGUGCAAGAAGAGUCAUCAAUAUUUUGUAUCUGUAAAUCUUAAAUGUUUAUAUCUAUGAAGCUUUUAUUUAAACACUCCACUGAUAAUAGAUUGUGAGUUUGAUUUAAACGACUGUAUAAUAUUGGCUAUGAUAUUUUUUUAGCAUUUAAAGAAUUUACUUUUUAAACUAAGUAAAACUACCACUCUUUAUUUAUCUAAAUUUCUGUGUAUAUUGUCUUGUUGUCUGAAAUGUAAUGUUUGAUGUAUGUGAGACUAAGUUAAAAAUGGCAUAGCGACUAUAGUUUAAAUGAGCUUAAUUUGCACAGUGCUUGAAACAAUGAGAAAUUACUUAGGGUGGAAUUUAAUAUGAAAAAGAAAAUGGCAGUCUGUUUAAUAUCAGAUUAAUCAUUUAUUUUAGAUUAAAAUAGAAGACUUGGCCAUCAAUUAAAGUAUUUGUCCCACAUUAUUUUCAUUUUGCUAAAUAAAUGUAUGUAUUCUCAGCUGCCUUUGACUAAAAGUGAGAGUUCACCCAAAAAUAAAAAAAUCUCUCAUCAUUUACUCACCCUCAUGCCAUCACAGGUGUAUAACUUUCUUUCUUCUGCAGAACACAAAUGAUAAAUUUUAGAAGAAUAUUUCUGCUCUGUAGGUCCAUACAAUGCAAGUGACCUCAAAUAGCACAUAAAGGCAGCACAAAAACAAUCCAAACGACUCCAGUGUUUUAAACCAUAUCUUCAGAAGUGAUAUGAUAUGUGUGGGUGAGAAACAGAUCAAUAUUGAAAUUUUUAAGGGGCGAUAUGCACAAAGAAUGUGAAUCACCAAAAACAGAAGAAGAAUGGGAAAGUUAAAGUGGAGCAGGGAGGAGAAUUUCUUCUAAAAAAUAACUGAUCUGUUUCUCACCCACACCUAACAUAUAGCUUCUGGAGACUUUGAUUAAACCACUGGAGUCAUAUGGAUUACUUUUAUGUUGAUUUAUGUGAAUAUUGGAGCUUCAAAAUGUUUGCACCCAUUCACUUGCAAUUUAAAUUCUUCUAAAGAUCUUAAUUUGUGUUCUGCUGAAGACAGUCAGUGAUAAGGGAAUUUGAAUUUUUGGGUGAACAAUCCCUUUAAUGUGAUUUAACCAAGAAGGACAUCCUUGUUGGUUCCGAAAACAACACUACGAUUAAUAGGGGCAGUUCUGUGGUCAGUAAAUAUUCAGGGCUUAGCCCAGACCUGCCCAGAUUUGUACGGGGCCAUGCUUUGAUUAAAUUUCGGAAUACAGAACACUUUUUAAUAAAUGUUUAAAUGUUUCAUCUGUGAGGUGUCAUAUUUAUAACAAAUCUUUAAAUAUAACUGAAACUAUAACUAAAAGGUCCCACUAACUUUAGUCUCAGCCUCAGGAACACUCAAAGUUAAGAAGUUAUUUGCCUUUAACACAAAAACACACGUUGGUGCAGCUAUCCUUAUUAGGACUCACUGUACGAACUAUAGAUUCUAUCCCCUAACCCUCACCAAAAAUGUUCUUCAUGUAACAGGGUUAAGGAUGGGCAAGGAGGAGGUGGGAACCGGCUGAACAGUCAAAAUAAUGUUCAAUGAAAACUUAAAACAAAAAGACACAAAACACACACACACAGCAGCUGCGUGUUGCUCUCUCUCUCCCAAACCGCUGCAUCUGGCUCGGCCUUAUCCCUCUUGAGGGAUUCACAUGUGAUAAAUGUAAGGAAUUAGUCAGGCUGACAGAGACAGUUAAUGAGUUAGAGACUCGCAUCUGAACGCUAGUGGAGGUCAAUGAGAAAGAGAAGCCGGUAGAUACUGUUUCGGAUGCGAGUAGUACAGAGAGCAACAUACACACUUUGGUUCCGGCUGUAGAGCCCCUGCAGAAGGCAUUUGGGUGACGUCUCGGCGGCAUACUCACUCAGCAAAGAGACACCACUCUCCCUUUCCUGUUAGGGUUUCCAAUCGAUUCUCCCCACUCAGUGAUACACCCACUGAGAAUCAUGUUGAAAGAGCCCUUGUUAUUAGCAAAUCUAUUGUAAGGAACGUGGACUUGAGACUCCAGCCACUAUUGUUAAUUGCAUUUCAGGGGCCAGAGCGUCUGACAUCAAAUCAAAUUUACAAGUGCUGGCUAAUGCUUAAUUAAGAUUUUCUAAAAUUGUUAUCUGUGUCGGCACUAACGAUGUCCAACUUCACCAGUCAGAGAUCACUAAAGAUAAUGUUAAAGAGGUGUGCGAAUUUGCAAAAACUAUGUCAGACACUGUAAUAUGCUCUGGUCCCCUCCCUGCUCGUCGUGGUGAUGAGGUUUAUAGUAGAUUAGCGUCACUGAAUGCCUGGAUUUCUGAGUGGUGUCUGAAGAAUAAAAUAGGAUUUAUAGACAAUAUGAAGAGUUUUUGGGAUAGACCUGACCUGCUAAGAGAGACGGACUCCAUCCCACAGGGAAGGUGCUGCUCUCCUCUCUAGUAAAUUGGCUCAUAGUCUUAAUAAUGAUAGUAUUUGACUAACUGGGGCCCAGGUCAGGAAAAAGACAAACUGGUUAAUGUGAACGUCUGCUAGUUCCCUUGAGAUGUCACACAGAUCACAUAAACUACAACACAUAGACAGUAAAUCAUUUAGAAAAAUUUGAUUAAGGUCAAACUUUAACAAAACAAACUAAUUAAAAGUACACGUCAUGUAAAAAUAGGGCUACUAAACAUUAGAUCUCUUUCUACCAAAGCACUAAUUGUUAAUGAAAUGAUUACAGAUCAUAGUAUGGAUGUGCUCUGUUUGACUGAAACCUGGCUUAAACCGGAUGAAUAUAUUAGUUUAAAUGAACCUACUCCCCCAGGUUAUUGUUAUAAACAUGAGCCUCGUCUGAAGGGUCAAGGAGGAGGUGUUGCUACAAUUUACAGUGAAGUGUUUGGUGUUACUCAAAGGACAGGAUAUAAAUGUAAGUCUUUUGAACUAAUAAAGCUUAAUGUG